ACUGACAGCAUAACAACAGUAUAGUUUGACAGUUGCAAUUUUUGAAACAGUUUUGUAGAUUUUUGUGUUGGUUCCGCAAAUUAGUGAAAAGGAAUUUAGGGAAACCUAAUCCUACGAAUGCAUUUGGCUUAACCAUGAAUGACGCAACCGGUGCCAAGGAGGAAAAAUCUUCCGCGACAGCUGAGAUGUUUCCUCUAAACAUUAAAAUCAAACAGGAAAAGACGACGAGCUACGAAGAUUCGAGCAAAUCGGAAACUGUUGAUACAUUGUCAAUCGAUUUGAAUCUGUCCAACAUAUUUGCAUCAUCGCGAACUAGUACCACACCAGUUGGUUCUGCUACCGGCAAUCAAGAGGAUAAUGAUACUACUAAAGAAACAAAAUCUAUAGAACCACUCAAAUCUUCAAACGAAAUUUUAACAGAGCUAUUCAAAGUAUUUAAUGCAGCUCCACCGGAAAUCAUCGACGAUGACUCCAACGAUGCCGAUCAAAAGAAGAAAAAACGAAAGCACAAGAAGAAAUCUAAGAGGAAAAAGAAAGAUGAUGGGAUUGAAUCUUCGUCGGAUGUGACACCGGAGGAAGGAGAGAUACUGAAAAAAGCCAAGAAAAUCAAAAAGGAAAAGGAUAAAGAAAAGCACAAGACUAAAAAAAUUAAAAAUAAAGAAAAAUUAAAAAAGGAGAAAAGUAAGAAUAAGGAAAAGGAAGCACGUAAAGAGGAUAAGAUUCCGGUAAAAUCUGAGAUGUCCUCAGUCGUUGUCAAGAAGGAACUUACGGACAAUCGAUACUCCCGAGAAUCAGCAGAUUAUCGUGAUGCGCGGGAAUAUCAUCAUUCUUCCCAUUAUCACGGAUCAAGUUCUAAAGAAGAUCACUAUCACACAAGAAUUAAACAUGAAAAAGUGGAUCAUUCAUACAGAGAUUAUGAUAAAGAGAGGGCUCGGGAACGUGAUAAGGAAAAGGUCGACAGUAGACCAAAGAAUAAAAUUCAAAUUAAAAGUCUAAAGGACAGCGCUGUUUUUAAGGAAGCUGCUACAAGAGAGAAGGAUCGCGAGAGAGAAAAAGAGCGCAACAGAGAUCGCGCCAAAGAGCACACGGAUCAGCGGGAAAUGAGGCGCCGUCGAUCGGAUUCUGAAUUCUCAAUAUCAGAUGAGGAACCUUACCGGCAAGGUCGGUAUUAUGAUUUCUACUCUAAGAAAUACAAUUCAUUUUAUGCCAGCUAUAAAGAUGAAGAGUAUCAGCGCAGCCGCAAGCGUAAGCGAAGCGAAGAGAAAGAACGAUAUAGAAAAUCCAAAUCAAGAUCUCGAUCGCCUCCACAGUUUGACAAGCAAAAGCUUCUGGAAAUCGCGCGUAAAAAUGCAAUUUCUAUGCUUAAGAAAGGUACCCUUCCGGGAGCCCAAGGCUUAGACAAAGAAUCUAAGGAGAAGCUUAUCUUGAAAAUGAAGACUACUGGUAAAACAGUAGAGGAAUUGACCGAGUAUUGUAAGAAAAUUUCCGAAAAAGAAAGUUGUAAUGACCUUUCGAGUGUAUCAGAAGAUAGCGACCACGAUGUAGAUGGCGGCUCGAAAGCUUUUCAUCAUCCUUUUCAAAUAAAAGACCCUGGACCAAUUGUGAUGAACAUCAAAAAUGCCGUUCCUCUACCGCCCAAGUCCGCCGAGCAAACAAAAGCCCUUCUGUUGCAGUAUCCUGUAUCUUCUGGUGCUCAACACAGAAAAAUGGAGACCGAAUGGGUUCCUGUAGAAAAACCACCGACAGCUGCACCCGUGGCAAUAGUUCGCCCAGAGAAAUCUGUAUCAAAAGCCUUACCGCUUUCAGCUUCAUUCGUUCAGCCGAUUGAACAGCAACAACCGGCUUAUACGACUGUAAACCCUAUACCGGGACCGCAAGUUCUUCCGCCAAUUGUUGCGGAAGUACAACAACCAUUACCACCCGAACCUGCACCGAUUGCUCCCACUCUGCCCGUUCCGCUUCCAGCCGAGCUCUCAGUUGCACCGCCGCCCAUUAAUCUAAACUCAUUGCCUCCAUCGGUUGCAGCAAUAGAACCUCCGCCGAUAGAAGUCUUUCCAACAAACCAGGAAGCCAUCAAAUUAGACGUAUCUUCUAUCAUUUCUCAGCGAUUGAAUGCGAUGCGUAAAUUGCAAGACAAUCCAGCCGACGCAGAAGCAAUCAAGUUACUUUACAACACUCAGAAAGAUAUGUCCGCGUGGGCAUCAUCGAAAUUUACGCCCGGUCAAUUUUUAGGCUCCACCGGGGUUCAAUGCCUGAGUCAACGAGAAUUGGCCGAAGGUUAUCAGCCUUGGGCAAAGCGGGACUCACUUAAACAAACCGCUCCAGUCUCUGGUGGAAUGGGAAUGCAUUUGCUGCAGAAAAUGGGUUGGGUACCUGGCGAAGGUCUCGGAAAAGAGAAAAAUGGUUCCUUAGAACCUUUGCUGCUCGACGUUAAACUGGAUAAACGAGGUUUGGUGGCUAGUGCCGAGGAGCAUCAGCGACAGCUUCAGUUCCAAAUUCAACAGCAGCACAGCGGACGAAGAGCGCGAUUCACAAACGUAAAGAUUGUAACCGAUGGUAAACAUCCCGUCUCGAUACUGGGCGAGUACUGCAGCAAGCGCAAAUGGUUACCGCCACGAUACGACUUGGUGCAUGAAAGUGGUCCGGGACAUGCAAAGAAUUUUGUAUUCAAGGUGAUUGUGAAUGGUUUGGAAUAUCAGCCUGCGAUUACCAAUAAUACGAAGAAGGAAGCUAAAGCGACAGCAGCUAAGUUCUGCCUACAGCAGUUGGGCAUUCUGCAGUCGUAAAAUAGUACUUUCCUUUAUUACUUGUAUCUACUAAUUUAAUGCCUCUUGUAUAUGAUACAAGUGAUCAUGUCGAAAUAACUAAGAGAAGAAUACGCGAAACUAUCGCCCGCAGUAAAUAGCAUGAUUAAAAUAUAAGAAACUGAAGUUUACGGAUUAAAUACUUUUGUAAAAGAGUACAUUAAACGAACAAAAAAACAAAUACAUAUCUAAGGCCUACAAUCUAAUUCGUAACAAAUCAGAAGUCAAAUUUUGUGCAAAAUCCAUUGUAGAUCCUCGACCUUCCUGCACGACUACGUCUUUGUUCUUUGUAUUGGUGUACUUUCCGUAAAAGUGAAAAUGAGACCACCAUGUUACAUCAGAUAACAAAUGGUAAUGAAAUUCGUAAUACGUAAUGGAUUGCAAUCGUUAUCAUGUUGAUGAAUAGAUGAAGAUUGAUUGUAUUUAAUAAAGAAUAAUUUUGUGGAAUGUUAGUUAUCAAUACUAAUUCAUUACUUAGAA